AUGAUACACGAAGUGGCUAAAUGGACUUCGGCAUACAAUACAAUUAAAAACUUUACUAGAAAAAUCAACAAUAAGGAGAAAAAUCUAAAUGAAUUUCAACCACUAUCAAAGAAAAUUAAGAAUGAUAAACCAUAUCUUAGUGAAGAGAGAGAACUUCUCAAUUUUCGUUCACCGUCCCAUUUUAUUUUAAUAAGUUUUGAUAGUGAACUCUAUGAAUAUGAUAGUUCGGAUGAGAAAGAAGGAUUUUGUCUUGAUAUAAAUACUGCUUCAUUUGAUGAUUAUCUUGAUUAA